CGCAGCGCUUAUCUGUGUGGUAUUUUAGAACGGGCUGAGCUUUGCCGAAAAUAAGAACUCGACGAGACAAAUGAAUGGGGCUGACUCGGAAUAAAAAUAACAACUCGAACACAGCUGAAUCGGGCUGACUCGGCCACUCAGGAAGAAAUUGUAUUCGCGGAAUAGUCUGCCGGUUAUUUUAGGUUUUACCUUAAUAUUUAUUUGUGUGAAAAGUGGCACAACGUUUUCGUCAUGGGUGCAUGAAUGGAUCCGAAGUAUGCGCUCAGACGUAGCAACCUGUGAAGGAAAAGGGAUAUCUUUAUGGUUGCAUGCACGAGAUGACGGUUGCUGGGGUGUUUUCUCCUGUUGCAGUUGAUGAUUGUAUACUACCUUCAAGAAUUAGGGCGGCAUUCAACUGAGUGGUAUUAGUGAGAUUUUUCUAACAUGGCUCAACAGUCAUCGCGGCUUCAUCGGCUGCUAACGUUGUUGGACACGGGUUCAACUCAAGCGACAAGGUUUUCAGCGGCAAGGCAGAUCGGAGAGAUUGCCAAAUCUCAUCCUCAGGACCUGAAUGCUCUCCUGAGUAAGGUGUCUCAGUCUUUGCGGAGUAAAAAGUGGGAGACCAGAGUAGCUGCUGCUCAUGCCGUGGGAGCUAUUGCAGAGAGUGUCAAACAUAUAUCUUUGACUGAACUCUCUAGUUCUGUUGAGUCAAAGAUGUCCAAAGCCGGGAUAUCUGCAACAUUUGAAGAUGUUGUGACAUGGCCAAACUUUCAUUCUAAACUUGUAGGAAGCACUUCUUUCCGAAGUUUUGAUCUAAACAAGGUGUUGGAGUUCGGGGCUUUGGUGGCAUCUGGUGGACUGGAAUAUGAUAUUGCAAGCGACAAUUGCAAGAAUCCUAAGGAACGAUUGGCUCGGCAGAAACAAAAUCUUAAGCGUCGAUUGGGUCUAGAUGUGUGCGAGCAGUUCAUGGAUGUCAAUGACGUGAUAAGAGAUGAGGAUCUUAUCGUGCACAAAAUAAAUAACCCGGACAAUGGAAAUGGGUUCCAGUAUUUUUCCUCACAACCUCGUCAUAUACAGCAGUUUGUAACAAGCGUGGUGCCUUCAUCCAGAUCUAGAAGGCCCAGUGCAAGGGAGCUGAAUCUUCUGAAACGAAAGGCGAAAAGUAACUCAAAAGAUCAAUCUAAGGGGUGGCCGAAAGAUGGGAAUACUGAUCCCACCCAUUCACAUGAUAUGGUAUCAACAAAGGGCAUUUCUGUCGAGUCAACAAGCUCUAAUAAGGAAGUCCAGUAUGUACCUGGAAAUUGCUGUGUCAGCUCUACUCAACUUGUAGAUACUAUGUCUGAUGAUGAGAGUUCUGAUAAUGAUGGAGAUGGGGGCUGGCCUUUCCAGAAUUUUGUUGAACAACUCCUUGUCGAUAUGUUUGACCCUGUUUGGGAGGUUCGUCAUGGGAGUAUCAUGGCUCUUAGGGAGAUAAUUACUUAUCAAGGAUCUAGUGCGGGAAUCCUUAUGCCUGAAGUCAGCAGUCGUGGUGUGUCAGUUUCUAAUCUGAACGAUAUAGAUAAUAAAUCUGAAAUCAAAAGAAAGAUGGAAUUUGAUUUGAAUAUGCAAGUGUUACUGGAAGAAUCAGAGCCAGUUUCGAAGAGACCAAAGAUUGAAAAUGCACAGAGUGGAGAUACAGAUGUCUGUACAAAAGUUGAUGAAGGGAAACCCGUUCCUAAUAUGGGUAAUGGAGAAAAUGAUGUUAGAUUUGUGAAGAUGGAAUUUCAAUCUGGCAUUGACAGAGCUUGCCAUUCCAUUUGUGAUGAUACAGUAAAACAAGAAUACCAUGAAGGCAAGGAAUCAUCAGUGACGAUGAAUAUAUUGAAGAACCUUCCUCAAAACUCUGAACUCAUGAAUCUUCUCAAACAUGCCAGCACUUCAUGGAUACGAAACUUUGAAUUUCUGCAGGAUUGUGCAAUUCGCUUCUUGUGCGUCUUGUCUUUGGACCGGUUUGGAGAUUAUGUCUCUGAUCAAGUUGUUGCACCAGUAAGGGAAACUUGUGCGCAAGCUUUAGGUGCUGUAUUCAAGUACAUGCAUCCGUCAUUGGUUCAAGAGACAUUGAACAUUUUGUUGAAAAUGCAGCGUAGACCAGAAUGGGAGAUCCGUCAUGGAAGUCUUUUGGGUAUAAAAUAUUUAGUUGCCGUGCGGCAGGAGAUGCUUCAUAAUUUAUUGGGCUUUGUUCUUCCUGCUUGCAAAACUGGACUUGAAGAUCCUGAUGAUGAUGUGAGAGCAGUGGCAGCCGAAGCAUUGAUUCCAACUUCCGCUUCUAUUGUCUCUCUCAAAGGCUCAACUUUGCAUUCAAUUAUUAUGUUGCUCUGGGAUAUUUUGCUCGACUUGGAUGAUUUGAGCCCCUCAACCAGCAGUGUAAUGAAUCUAUUAGCAGAAAUUUAUUCCCAGGAGCAGAUGAUUCCAAAGACUUUUGGAACUCUGGAUUCCAAAGAAAAUGUUGAUCUCAACCAUGAAUAUAGUCACAUGGAUGGUCUAGGUGAAGGAAUGAGUUCUUUGGAGAAUCCUUAUAUGCUCUCAACAUUAGCACCAAGAUUAUGGCCAUUUAUGAGACAUAGUAUCACUUCAGUCCGCUUAUCAGCAAUCCGCACCUUGGUAGAUGGCCUAGUUAUUUACUGCACUUGUUAUAAAGUGGUUAUUAAACUGAGAACAUGGACCAUGAAUAUGCAGGAACGGUUACUUGAUGCUGGUUACCGGAGGAGUAUCUCUGAUGUGCCCGGCUCAUUUUGGCCGUCUUUUAUAGUUGGCGACACCCUAAGGAUUGUUUUCCAGAACCUGCUACUUGAAUCAAAUGAAGAGAUUCUGCAGUGCUCAGAGAGAGUUUGGAAUCUCUUACUCAAGUGCCAAGUGGAGGACCUAGAAAAUGCUGCAAAAUUAUAUUUCUCCUCAUGGAUUGAGCUUGCUACUACCCCGUACGGGUCUCCUCUGGAUGCUACACAAAUGUUUUGGCCUGUAGCUCUGCCUCGUAAAAGUCAUUUCAAAGCUGCAGCUAAAAUGAAAGUUGUUAAGGUGGAAAGUGAACAUCAGAAAAAUAAGGUCCUGGAGUUUGCAGGGAGCAUGUCAGGAGAGAAUGGAGAUGCUUCCGCGAAUUCGACCAAGAUAAUUGUUGGUGCAGAUUUAGACAUCUCAGUAACUUAUACAAGAGUAGUAACAUCAUCAGCCCUUGGUGUAUUAGCGUCUAAGUUGAAUGGUUCAUCCUUGCAAUAUGUGAUCGAUCCAUUAUGGAAGGGGUUGACAUCCUUAUCAGGAGUUCAGCGGCAGGUUGUCUCCAUGGUCCUUAUAUCUUGGUUUAAGGAGUUGAAAAAUAUUCCCAAGUCCGAUGAAGUUAUUGUCGGCAUUUCAAGUAACUUCAGACUGUGUUUGUUAGAUUUACUAGCUUGCAGUAACCCUGCAUAUCCAACAAAAGACUCACUUCUACCUUAUGCUGAACUCUCAAGAACUUAUAGCAAGAUGCGGAAUGAGGCAGGCCAGCUGUUUAGUGCUACAGAGGCAUCUGGCCUGUACAGUGAUCUCUUGUCAUCUGUUAAAGUGGACAUUGAGAAUUUGACUGCAGAUGAUGCUGUGAAUUUUGCAUCAGUGUUUGAAUUUAUGGGCAACGGUACCUCUGCACCGGAGUCUGAAGGAAGGAUUUUGUAUGAAGAAUUAGAGUCUCUAAAGCAAAAGCUUUUGGCAACAGCUGGGUAUCUGAAAUGUAACAAUUUGCAUCUUACUGUGUCGGCUUUACUAGCUGCAGCAGUUGUUUGGAUGUCAGAACUUCCUGCCAAGCUCAAUCCAAUUAUUCUACCCAUAAUGUCAUCCGUUAAGAGAGAACAGGAGGAAAUACUGCAAUGUAAGGCUGCUGAGUCGCUGGCAGAGCUCAUCCAUCAUUGUAUUGAACGCAAACCAGGUCCCAAUGACAAGCUAAUCAAGAACCUAUGUAAUUUAACCUGCAUGGAUCCUCGUGAGACUCCACAGGCAGAAGCUCUCAAUUCUGUUGAGAUUAUUGAAGACCAAGACCUUCUGUCAUUUGGAAGUAGUAGUGGUAGGCAAAAAUCUAAAGUUAAUAUGUUUUCUGCUGGUGAAGACAGAUUGAAGGUUGAAGGCUUCAUUAGCAGACGUGGGUCUGAACUUGCAUUGAAAUAUUUAUGCAUGAAGUUUGGUGGUUCUUUAUUUGACAGACUUCCUAAGAUCUGGCAUUGCCUUGUUGAGGUACUUAGUUCUUGUGAUUUUGAAGGCCUGACACCUGAAAAUGAGAAGCUGAUUGAUCAGUCCAUUGGUUCCAUUCAGGAUCCUCAGAUUUUAAUAAACAAUAUCCAAGUGGUGCGAUCUAUUGCUCCUUUCCUCGAAGCCACACUUAGGCCGAAGUUUCUCACUCUCUUACCAUGCAUCUUUAGAUGUGUGAGACAUUCUCAUAUUGCAGUAAGAUUAUCUGCAUCGAGAUGCAUAACAGUGAUGGCCAAGUCGAUGACUUUGAACGUUAUGGGUUCUCUUAUCGAGAAUGUUGUUCCUAUGUUAGGUGAUAUGGGAUCUGUGCAUGCCAGACAAGGAGCUGGGAUGCUUGUCAGUUUGCUUGUACAGGGACUGGGUUUGGAACUCGUCCCAUAUGCUCCUCUUUUGGUUGUGCCUCUUUUGAGGUGCAUGAGUGACUGUGACCAUUCAGUCAGACAGAGUGUGACACAUAGUUUUGCUGCCCUGGUACCCCUUCUUCCGUUAGCACGUGGGGUAUCUCCACCUGUUGGACUUACUGACCGUUUAUCCCGUAAUCAAGAAGAUGCCAAAUUUCUUGAGCAGCUAGUUGACAAUUCUCAUAUUGAUGAUUACAAACUCCCCUUUGAGCUAAAAGUGACUCUGAGGAGGUACCAACAGGAGGGUAUAAACUGGCUUGCGUUUCUGAAGCGGUUUAACCUUCAUGGCAUCCUAUGUGAUGAUAUGGGCCUCGGUAAGACACUUCAAUCAUCGGCUAUCAUGGCAUCUGAUAUAGCUGAGAACAUUGCCGCCAAUACGGGUGAGGAUUUGCCGCCAUCAUUAAUUAUAUGUCCAUCGACCCUUGUCGGGCACUGGGUCUACGAGAUCGAGAAGUUUAUUGAUCCUUCUCUUUUAACGACGCUUCAAUACAUUGGUUCUGCCCAAGAGCGCACUUCCUUACGGCUUCAAUUUAACAAGCAUAAUGCCAUUGUCACUUCUUAUGAUGUUGUCCGGAAAGAUGUUGAUUUUCUUGGAGAGUUUAUGUGGAAUUACUGCAUCCUGGAUGAAGGGCAUAUCAUAAAGAACUCAAAGUCCAAAGUCACAGUUGCUGUGAAACAACUUAAAGCCAAGCACCGCCUCAUAUUGAGCGGCACACCGAUCCAGAAUAAUGUCUUGGAUCUGUGGUCGCUUUUUGACUUUCUCAUGCCGGGGUUUCUUGGAACAGAAAGACAAUUUCAAGCCACAUAUGGAAAACCUCUAAUAGCCGCUAGGGAUCCUAAAUGUUCAGCAAAAGAUGCAGAAGCAGGGGUACUAGCCAUGGAGGCAUUGCAUAAGCAGGUUAUGCCUUUCCUUUUACGUCGUACAAAAGAUGAAGUGCUGUCUGAUCUGCCUGAGAAGAUAAUUCAGGAUAGAUAUUGUGACUUGAGUCCUUUACAGCUGAAAUUGUAUGAACAGUUCUCGGGUUCACAUGUAAGACAAGAGAUCUCUAGUGUAGUUAAGCAAAAUGAAGAUACUGGAGGGGCGCCCAAAGCAUCCUCUCAUGUUUUCCAGGCGCUUCAAUAUUUGUUGAAACUUUGUAGUCAUCCAUUACUUGUUCUUGGUGAAAGGAUACCAGACUCACUUUUACCAAUGAUGUCAGAACUUGGAUCCAUGAAUUCUGAUAUAUCCUCAGAGCUUCAUAAAAUACAUCAUUCGCCGAAACUUGUCGCUCUUCAGGAGAUAAUGGAAGAUGUUACCUAUUUGCGGUUGGACGGAUCAGUUCAACCUGAAAAGCGCUUUGAAAUUGUCAAAGCAUUCAACUCGGACCCCACAAUUGAUGCUCUACUGCUCACAACUCAUGUUGGUGGGCUUGGUUUAAACUUGACAUCAGCUGAUACCCUUGUUUUUAUGGAGCAUGAUUGGAAUCCCAUGAGAGAUCAUCAGGCCAUGGACAGAGCACACAGGUUAGGCCAGCGCAAGGUUGUGAAUGUCCACCGUCUUAUCAUGCGAGGCACCUUGGAGGAGAAAGUUAUGAGCCUCCAGAAGUUCAAAGUUUCCAUAGCUAAUGCCGUCAUUAAUGCAGAUAACGCGAGCAUGAAUACGAUGAAUACCGAUCAAUUACUUGACCUGUUUACUUCUGCAGAUGGCAAAAAGGGACCAAAAUCUUCAACAGCAUCUGGUGAAGAUGGCAAAGCAGCGGGCCGAGGAAAGGGCCUGAAAGCCAUUCUUGGUGGGCUGGAAGAGCUUUGGGACCAAUCACAAUACACUGAAGAAUACAAUCUUAACCAAUUCCUAGCCAAGCUAAAUGGCUGAAACAAAGUUGACUUUCUUUGUGCUUUUGAGAAUUUCGAGUUGAGCAUACAGCCGGUAACUGUAUCCCAGGCCAUUGUGGCAGUUGAUGAACAAAGCUGCUCUUGAUGUACAAAAGUGUAAAUUUCUAAAAGUUUGCAGCUUCAUUUUUGACACUUAGCACCAGAGGGCUUUCUUUAUUUCUUUUUCGUAGGGCUCAUUGGUUUUUUCUUAUUCGUUGGCUGCUUUUUGGCCUUUUGGUAGCACCAUGGAGUAAGUAGGGUAGUCGAGGCUUUCUGUGAUGUGCAAGCCAAUGAGCACGUAUAUGGCUCUAGGAGGAGGGGAGUUGUAAGAAAAUGUAAAUUUUGGAUGCUGUACAUUUAUUCAACAGAUAUUCAUUCCUGAAGAUGAUUUAUGAGGGCUCAAUUUUUUGUUAGGUUCUACUCUAUUAUGCCAUAAUAUCGGUGCUUCUAUCAUGUAGAGUAUGAUGGUAGUUUUGUAGGCGAUGACACACACUCCUGGAAGUGGGGAUAGCGGGUGCUUUGGUAUUACUGGUGAUGCUGGGUUUUAUUUUUUUUACUAGGACAACGCUCAUGAACUUUUAAGCAACAAAGAAUGAAAAAGAAACAAAAAGGAA